AUGAGGUGGGAGUAUGACCACGACGUCCUCGUCGUCGGUGGGGGCAUCGUAGGCUGCACCCUGGCGUGUCGCCUCGCAAAAGACCUCUCGUCUACCACCCCCUCAACGAGCGGUUUGCCUCCCCUCAGCACAGGCAAGGAUGACGGUGGUGGCAACGACGGCGGCCGGCGGCGAAGGCGGCGGCGGCCGGCGGUGGGACUGAUCGAGGCUCGGCCCCCGCCAUCCCUGGAGGCCGCCUUGGCCAGGGGUUCCCCGGACCCCCGAGUUUAUUCUCUCGCGCCCUCGUCCGUGGAGAUUCUUGGAAAGCUUGGGGUUUGGGACGAGGGGGGGGGAGUGCUGAAGGGCCGCUCGCAGCCAUUCGGGGGUAUGCAGGUGUGUGCUUGUGCUUGUUGGUUGGCAUCGUCCGGCUGA